AUGAGAUUUACGAGAUACCUGCUACAGGUGAAACCACAGGAGAUUCUGGUCAAGGCUGCCAGUGGCAACCCAACGGGUUUGACGGGUAUUUUCCAACAUCCAAACCCACGUCCAGCUUUGAUAGCCCUCUACAACGCAACUUUGGAUAAGUUGAAGAAAGAUUUCCCACAGGAGUCAGUCUACAGAACAUCGGUUGAGACUUUCACCCAGAAGAGACUUGAGAUAGUAGAGACUACUGAUGUUGUUGAACAGAUCGAGGCCAAGAUCGGUGCGGGUUUGAUUGAAGAAGUUAUUAUACAGGCUAACGAGGAACUAGAGUUGGCAACCAAGAUGGCCGAAUGGAAGCCUUGGGAAGAGUUGGAGGAGAAGCCUUUGGACGACCAAUGGAUUUACUUUGGUAAGAAGAUUUGA